CAUGAAACGAAUAGCCUGAUUGCAGCCAUAGCAACGCCACUGUGCUGUAUCCUAAAGUGGUUUCCACUGGAUACAAUAGGCUGGGGCUGCUUUGAACUCGUCGCCGCCCAGCCACGCAAAGGUUCCGAAGGCGCGCACUCUAUUCCCAGGCGCUGUCAUGGACGAGGCUGAGGAUGGAGAAGAUGAGUCCAAAUUCCAGCAGCCUUUAUUGUGCGGAACCGGCUCCGUUGGUGGCGGAGGCGAUAGGAACGGUCUAAGUUUGAAGAUGAAGCAAUUUACGCCAGGAGGGGGAGCAUCAUCAACAGCGCGCAAGAACUCCAACAAUGAGCUGUGGUUCAUGCAAGGCGAAGAGUCCGCACCUUGUGCUCCUACAGGCGCCACAAGCUGUGCUCUGUUAUGCCAGGGAGAUGCUACUGCCCGUGGCGGCUCAUACUAUAGGGCUGGAGGGGACUUAGCCCCAGGGUCAGCGGUAACCGGGUUGGCUACUUGUUGGACAGGUGAAGGCACUACCGGUGUGAUAUGCAACAACAACGGAGAUUGCAGAAGGGACCCCAACAUUUCAGGGAGCCUGUCCUCCAUCGUCUCUAGGCAGGAGAAACAGACCGGUGGAAUAGUUGCAGCGGACAACGGGAAAAGGCCAACUAGAUGUAAUUCCAGAGUCGCCAGCAUGGACGGUUCGAUCACCUCAGUACAGGGGCAAGGGCCCGAGGUGGCCGGGGCCACAACUACUGGCAAUGAGAAAAAGGACUCCAGAGUUUCCUUCUCAAGUGUCCCUAAUAGAAAAGCAUCGUCCUCUGUGCAGAACCAACAGAACAGGAAUUCGCUCGCAUUUUUUAAAUCUGAGGAUGGACCCCAGAUUGUGCCAGAUGAUGGGGAACCGCAGGACAAUCGGACUUAUAUGCAGCGCCAAUUUAGUUCCAUGCUUCAGCCUGGAGUUAAUAAAUUUUCCCUGCGUAUGUUUGGGAGCCAAAAAGCGGUGGAAAAGGAACAAGAGCGCGUCCAAUCGGCCGGUAAUUGGAUUAUUCAUCCAUACAGCGAUUUCAGGUUCUACUGGGAUUUCACCAUGCUGAUGUUCAUGGUGGGCAACCUCAUCAUCAUCCCCGUUGGGAUCACCUUCUUCAAGGACGAGACCACCGCGCCCUGGAUCAUCUUCAACGUGGUCUCUGACACCUUCUUCCUCAUGGACCUGGUCCUCAACUUCCGCACAGGCAUUGUAUUUGAGGACAACACCGAGAUCAUCCUGGACCCCAGGAAGAUCAAGAGGACGUACCUGAAGACCUGGUUCUUGGUGGACUUUGUCUCCUCCAUCCCUGUGGAUUAUAUCUUCCUGAUCGUUGAGAAGGGGAUCGACUCUGAGUUGUAUAAGACGGCCAGAGCCCUGAGGAUCCUACGCUUUACCAAGAUCCUCAGUCUGCUGAGGCUGCUCAGGCUGUCCAGGCUAAUCCGCUACAUCCACCAAUGGGAAGAGAUCUUCCAUAUGACCUAUGACCUGGCCAGUGCAGUGAUGCGUAUCUUCAACCUGAUUGGUAUGAUGCUGCUGCUGUGUCACUGGGAUGGCUGUUUGCAGUUCCUGGUUCCCAUGCUGCAGGACUUCCCCCAGGACUGUUGGGUCUCUCUCAACAAGAUGGUGAAUGACUCGUGGAGCGAGCUGUACUCCUUUGCCCUGUUCAAGGCCAUGAGUCACAUGCUAUGUAUCGGUUACGGGCGCCAAGCCCCAGAGAGCAUGUCUGAUAUCUGGCUGACCAUGCUCAGUAUGAUCGUGGGCGCCACCUGCUAUGCCAUGUUCAUUGGCCAUGCCACCGCCCUCAUCCAGUCCCUGGACUCAUCCCGGCGCCAGUACCAGGAGAAGUACAAACAAGUGGAGCAGUACAUGUCUUUCCACAAACUGCCGGCUGACUUCCGACAGAAAAUCCAUGACUACUAUGAACACAGAUACCAGGGCAAGAUGUUUGAUGAGGAGAGCAUCCUGGAGGAGCUUAAUGAACCACUGCGGGAGGAAAUUGUCAACUUCAACUGCCGUAAGCUGGUGGCAUCCAUGCCCCUGUUUGCCAAUGCCGACCCCAACUUUGUGACAGCCAUGUUGACCAAGCUCCGCUUCGAGGUCUUCCAGCCCGGAGAUUACAUCAUCAGGGAGGGCACCAUCGGCAAGAAGAUGUACUUCAUCCAACAUGGUGUGACCAGCGUGCUGACCAAAGGAACUAUGGGCAUGAAGCUUUCUGAUGGAUCCUACUUUGGAGAGAUCUGUCUGUUGACCCGAGGCAGACGGACGGCCAGUGUGCGAGCGGACACCUACUGCCGUCUCUACUCCCUGUCUGUGGAUAACUUCAAUGAGGUGCUGGAGGAGUACCCAAUGAUGAGACGAGCCUUCGAGACUGUGGCCAUCGACCGACUGGACCGGAUAGGGAAGAAGAACUCAAUCCUAAUGCACAAGGUUCAGCAUGACCUCAACUCGGGUGUCUUCAACAACCGAGAGAAUGAAAUUAUCCAAGAGAUUGUGAAAUAUGACCGUGAGAUGGUGCAGCAGGUGGACAUGCAGAGGCCUCGUGCCAUGUCCAUGUCCAACCCCCCCACGCACGGGGGUAUCUUCGCUCCUCCAGCACCACCUCAGAGCUCAGCCAUCGCCACCCUCCAGCAGGCUGUGGCUCUGAGCUUCUGUCCCCCCAUGGCAGGCCCCCUGGUAGGGGCCGGGGCCCUGCAGUCACCUCGAAUGGUACGGAGGUUCCAGGUGAUGCAGAGCAUGUCAGCCUCCCCUCCUCCCCAGACUGAGCAGACCAUGCAGCCCCAGCUACACGCCGGUGGUGCCUUCGCCUCCGCCCUCUCGAGCCCCCCCAUCCAGAGCCCCCUAGCUGCUGGGGGACGGACAUUCCAGUACGGCCACUCCUCUGGCUCCCAGCUCUCCCUGGUCCAGCAGAUCGUACCCAGCCCCCCACACCGGCCCAACACCCAUAACAGCACCCGCUCUCUGCACAUGGGCAGUCUGAGUCAGGACGCCAGGGCACUGUCUGCCUCUCAGCCCUCUCUGCCCCAGGGAGGGGCUCAACCCGUGGCCCCGAGCCCAUCACAGUCCAACCGUGUUUCCUCGACCUCCAUUGGGCCACCUCAGACCCCCCCGGGCUCUGUGGGGCUCAGGAGCGCUGUGACUCAUAGGAUGGUGCUGCCCCAACAGAUGUCUGUGGGGGCGUUUCCUCUAGCCUCCCUCCCGGGGACUCUGACAUCGCUGGGGACAGGCAUGGGUGCGGGUAUGGGAAUCGGCAUGGGAGUGGGCAUGGGAUCAGGCUUGGCGCCAGCCCUUCCGGACUCGGGUUUACCCAAAAAGGACUCCAAAGCCAGCCACCCUGAGACAGACCAUGUCAGAUCGAGGCUAUCUUCCAAUUUGUGACCUUUAUUAGAUUUCUGCAGAGCCAGGAGUUUUUGGUUGUGGGAACUGUGGAAGGUUUCGUCCUUAGACCCCAUAAUCUCCCCUCUCCCUGUCACGCGGGUCUGAAUAUGACUAUAAGAAUGUAUGCUGUGGGACCUUGGAGAGGGAGACCGUAGCUGGAAGACAAUGUAUGACUAACAAUAUAGUUAUUAUCAGAGGUGGGAUGUUUCUACUCCACCCACAGACAUAGAUUGUAGAUACCGGCCGUACGUAGUAGUAGCACCUUCUCCCCACAUCUCUCCUUUAUUUACUCUCUUUACUGUAACCAUAUUCAACAUAAAUAGCACGCAUCUCUCACCCAUUAUCUAUAUAGUCGAACAAUACAAACUGGCAGGGACAAGAAGAAAAUCAGGAACCUGCUUCCGAUGACAACGAUGACAUCAACGUUUGCAGAAGUUCUUCUGGGAUUUCAUCUUUUCUCUACGGACUGGUUUUAACAAAAGUUCUACUCAUGUCACUGUAAUAUUGUUUCAGAAAACAAGAAAAUGUUCUUUUUAGACCAUGUCUUAAAUUAUUAUUAUUAUUUUUAUUUUAUUUUUUACAGGUUGGGCUUAAUAAACAAAAUGUUGCAUUGCAUUAAUGGGAUUAAUAAUAUAUUUCUGAAAAAAACAAGUGGAUAGAUCAUUUCAUUGCCUUGAUUUCAACAUUUGAAGCCAUAUCCUUUGUGUGUGUGUGUGUGUGUGUGUGUGUGUGUGUGUGUGUGUGUGUGUGUGUGUGUGUGUGUGUGUGUGUGUGUGUGUGUGUGUGUGUGUGUGUGUGUGUGUGUGUGUGUGUGUGUGUGUGUGUGUGUGUGUGUGUGUGUGUGUGUGUGUGUUAAUAAAGAAUUCAUAUCUAUAAAAUACAUCUUCCCCCAUCCUCAAAUUGUAUUUGCAGAUGACAGUGUAGGUAUAAUUUCAGCAUUUUUCUUGGAGUCUACAGCCUACAUUUCCUUCUGGCUUGGCCAGAAUACAGCUAGGGUGCUAGGGUAUACUACACUACAUGAGCAAAAGUAUGUGGGCACAUACUCGUCGACCACAUCUCAUAAGAAAAUAAUGGGCAUUAAUAUGGAGUUGGUCCCCCCCUUUGCUGCUAUAACAACCUCUACUCUGCUGGGAAAGCUUUCCACAAGAUGUUGGAACAAUGCUGAGAGGUUCCAUUCAGCCACAUGAGCAUGAGUGAGGUCGGGCACUGAUGUUGGGCGAUGAGACCUGGCUCGCUGUUGGCGUUCCAAUUCAUCCCAAAGGUGUUCGAUGGGGUUGAGGUCAGGGUGUUUCAACUGCUCCAGUAUCCAAUGGCAGCAAGCUUUAAACCACUCCAGCCUGCGCUUGGCAUUGUGCAUGGUGAUCUCGGUUAGUGUGCGGCUGCUCAGCUAUUGAAAUCCAUUUCCUGAAUCUCCCGAUGAACAAUUAUUGUGCUGACGUUGCUUCCAGAAGCAGUUUAGAACACUGCAGUGACUGUUGCAACCGUGGACAGACAAUUUUUACGCUCUAUGUGCUGCAGCAAAUGGCAGUCCCAUUCUGUGAGCUUGUGUGGCCUACCGCUUUGGGCUGAGCCGUUGUUGCUCCUAGACAUUUCCACUUCACAAUAACAGCACUUACAGUUGACUGGGGCAGCCCUAGCAGGGCAGAAAUUUGACGAACUGAUUUGCUGGAAAGGUGGCAUCCUAUGACGGUGCCACAUUGAAAGCUCUUCAGUAAGGCCAUUCUACUGCCAACGUUUGUCUAUGGAGAUUGCAUGGCGGUGUGCUCAAUUUUAUACACCUGUCAGCAACGGGUGUGGCUGAAACAUCCAAAUUCACUCAUUUGAUGGGGUGUCCACAUACUUUUGUGUAUAUAGUGUUUAAACCAAGUCAUCCAUCCCCAUUGGCUGCUCGGCUAUUGAAAUCCAUUUCCUGAUCUGAGCUAUGAAUCACAUGAAUAUAUCAACAUACGCAUUUCCAUCAGGGUUGAAUGAGAUACAGUAUCAGGUUUUUUGCAUAGCUGAAGUUUAGAAUAGACAGAUCAUAGUUUUAUAUUUUAUAGUCUGACUGAUGUUCUGAAGGCACUGUGCAGUGUAAUUGAUUGCGCUAAUAUGUAUUAUUAUACUGUACAGACUGAUGCACCCCGGUCAGAUCCACACAUUACACCAUUUAAUGAAUACAUUGAACUUUUCAUCUCAUCUGCAUUGUCCCAUCCAUUCCAAGACUUUUUAGAUUAUUUGAAGUUUAAAACAAAUCCAUUUUCUUUUUCCUUUCCUCUCAAAUUCUAACAAUAAUAUUGCAUCAAAUUGAGGUAGAUUUUGUGUGCAUAAACGACAUAAUGCUUCUGGAAUGCUAAAAUCUAAAUGACUCCCAUUCUAUUCUAAUCUGCAGCAAGUACAGAGCAGACAUUUUGGAGGGUGCAUUUCAAUGAUGUGUCUCCUACCAUAAGUGAUGCCUCUGAAUGUGUGUACCGGCCUCCACUGAUUAGUGUCCAAAAGUAUUAGUGGAAGAGGCUUUCCAAGCGCUGAUAUCCACUUCAUCUGCUGCUCAAUAACCCCCGCAUCACCACCACCACCAUUACUAUGUAAUGAGAGAGAAGAUUGGAUCCCCUCAGGCCCCAUUUAUUUUGGACUGUUAUUACUUUCCAUUGUGUUUCAUCAUAAGUUUUACUGUAUCAUCCACCUUGUCGGUGGCGCCAAGGUUGUGGGUUUGGAAGGGAUUUGUUGCUGGAAAUUAUGCCCAAUGAAACUUCUUUGGGAACUUUCAUGUGUUUGAAGGUGGUUUUAAUGGCCAAAUUCCUUUUAGAUUGUUGAGCAGGUUUUGAGACUAUUUGUCUAGCAAUAAAUUAGGACAUUUAACAAACAUGUAAUAAAUACCAUACAAUACAGUGUAGAUGAAAAGCCAAAAUUUGAAUAAAAUGUCAAUGUUUUUGAAUUGCUUAAGAUUUGUUUAUGGGAAUCGUUUGGAAGUUCUUAUAUCUACUGUACAUGACACACUUAAGAUGGUAAAUGGUGGGAAUAUUUCAUGCAAUCCAUAUAAACUGAAUAAAAAUAUAAACGCAACAUGUAAAGUAUUGGUCCCAUGUUUCAUGAGCUGAAAUAAAAGAUCCCAGAAAUGUUCCAUAUGCACAAAAAGCUUAUUUCUCUCAAAUGUUGUGCACAAAUUUAUUUACAUCCCUGUUGGUGAGCAUUUCUCUUUUACCAAGAGAGUCCAUCCACCUGACAGGUGUGGCAUAUCAAGAAGCUGAUUAAACAGCAAGAUCAUUAUACAGUUGGACCUUGUGCUGGGGACAAUAAAAGGCCACUCUAAAAUGUGAAGUUUUGUCACACAAUACAAUGCCACAGAUGUCUCAAUUUUUGAGGGAGCGUGCAAUUGGCAUAUUGACUGCAGGAAUGUCCACUAGAACUGUCGCCAGAGAACUGAAUGUUCAUUUCUCUACCAUAAGCCGCCUCAACAUGGUUUUAGAGAACUUGACAGUACAUCCAACCGGCCUCAUAACCGCAGACCACGUGUAUGGUGUCGUGUGGGAAAGCGGUUUGCUGAUGUCAAAGCUUCCUAGGUAUGUGAAAUCCAUAGAUUAGGGCCUAAUUUAUUUAUUUCAAUUGACUGAUUCCCUUAUAUGAACUGUAACUCAGUAAAAUCUUAGAAAUUGUUCCAUGUUGCGUUUAUACUGUAUUUGUGUUUAGUAUACAAUCCAUUUACAAUCCUAUCUGAAGCAUGUUCAUUUUGUCAGGGUAGAAUGACAGUUAUCCUCUCCAAUAGCUACAUUUGUUGUCAUGUGUUUAGCCUUUACCCAGCAUUUUUCUUGGGAUGUUUCCUUGCCAAAUUGUGAUUUAAACUGUAACUUGAAUAAAUAUAUGACGCAAUAACA